AUGAUUUUGGCAGGAGUGCUGCCCAUACCAGUGGUAUUUAUACUCCGCCGCUUCCAAUGCCUGACCUUCGACGUGGACAUCCAUCAGGGAUCUAUUAGGAGGAUCGAGACAACUGUAUCUACUAAGGAAAUGAUGAGUGAUCAGGAUGUGCUGUCGCCGGAAUCAGCGCCACCUGCGCCGGCGCAGCUGGUCGCCGACGCCGCUGCCACAAAGUUCACUAUUGGAGAUUUUGAUUCAUCCAAUUCAGAAGACGACGACGUAGGCACGACCGGCCGCUUCGAUGACUCGAGCAGUAGUGAUGAGGAAAUUCUAAAUGCAAAUUGCACAAAUACAACCGUACGUAGGUUGGCAAUGAAGCCAAUAGGCCGCAAGCCAACCACAUUCAAGAUGGACGUCGUUGAUGAAUGA